UGGCGCGAAAUGUCUUGGAAGAGUCCUCCUUAGAGCGCGCGUUUGCGAGGAGUGGAAAGAGACGUGUGUUGUCUGUGUUGAACUAUAGUACAAUUCCCCCCACGUUACAACAACAGUACUUUGUUUGGGUUGGUCUUAGUUCAUGUUUUUAUUUUUUACAAACCUUUUAAUCGGCAGCGGUUUGUCUAUAGUGUUGUAGCUAGCCGCGUGUAACUACAGUAACUGGAAGCGACAAGCGUGGCUUCACCAGCGAGACCAACUGCAGUGCUGCUGUCCUCGACCCUCGGAGUCCCACAAUGAACAGCACAAAAAACGAAACCCGCAGCGUGUCACCCCAUUGCCCCAAGCCCAACGAGCCUGAGGAGCCACAAGGCACUGCCAUGGAGGAGAGUUCAAGCGUGAAUGCGGAUGGGGAGAUGGAAGAAAUCAUAAUCACCAAGGAAAUGGAGGAGGAAGAGAAACAUUUAAUGGAGGAAGGGGAACGAAAAGAAAAAGAGAUGAUGGAAAAGGCUAGGGAGUCAUGGGAGAAGGAUACUAAUGAAAUGCGGUUCAGAAGACUGCAGCACCUGCUGGAGAAAAGCAACAUUUACUCUAAAUUUCUGCUCACUAAGAUGGAACAGCAGCAGCAGGAGGAGAAAAUGAGAAAAGAAAGGCUUGAGAAGAAAGCCCUGGUGCAGAAAGAAAAGGGUGUCAAAAAGACAAAAGACAAAGUUGAAAGGAAGAAACGUGAACGAGAGGAAGACUACAGAAUUGCAGAUGUGAUGUCCAAAGAGGAAAUUAUUUCAAAGGCCAAAAGAUCUAAAGUUGAGGAGGAAGUUCCAAAGCCCAGAAAGCUGGAAGCAGAGGACAUUGAGAAGAUGAGUGAUUCCAAUGCAGAAAUCAAAAGUCGCCUGUCAGAGGUAGUCCGGGACAGUGCAAAGCAUAUGCUGGAUCCAGAACGCCUCGUGAAUGGGCAGCCUGUGCCCGCGCAACAACCUCACCUCUUCACAGGGGGCAUCAUGAGAUGGUACCAGGUGGAGGGCAUUGAGUGGCUGAGGAUGCUAUGGGAGAACGGUAUCAACGGCAUCCUGGCGGAUGAAAUGGGCCUUGGAAAAACCAUCCAGUGUAUUGCACAUAUUGCCAUGAUGAUUGAGAAGAAGGUGCUUGGGCCCUUCCUAGUGGUGGCACCACUGUCCACAUUACCCAAUUGGAUCUCUGAAUUUAAGCGCUUCACACCAGAAGUUUCUGUACUACUCUACCAUGGGCCCCAGAAAGAGCGGGUUAACCUUAUCAAGAAGAUCCGUAGACCCCAGGGUCCACUCAACAUCUUUCCAGUAGUUGUCACCUCCUUUGAGAUGGCCAUGAUUGACCGCAAGUACCUGCAGCGAUUCCAGUGGAAGUAUCUAAUUGUCGACGAAGGACACAGGAUAAAGAAUUUGAACUGCAGGCUGGUGCGGGAACUGAAGACCCUCCCUACAGACAACAAAUUACUGCUCACUGGCACACCUUUGCAGAAUAAUCUGGCAGAGCUGUGGUCACUGCUUAAUUUCCUGCUUCCAGAUGUCUUUGAUGACCUCAAGAGCUUUGAGUCUUGGUUUGACAUCAGUACAAUCAGUUCUGAUGUGGAAAAUAUUGUUACCAAUGAGCGAGAGCAAAAUAUCUUGCAUAUGCUUCACCAGAUUCUAACUCCAUUUCUGCUGCGGAGGCUGAAGACUGAUGUGGCUUUGGAGGUACCCCCGAAGAAGGAGAUGGUGGUCUAUGCCCCACUUACCUCCAAGCAGGAGUCCCUCUACACUGCCAUAGUCAACAAGACCAUCGCUAAGAUGUUAGGCCAGGAGAAGAAGGAAACUCUGCCUGUCGAUGUCACGUCCGCUGGCCGGCCAAGGCGCCGAAGCAGAAAAGUGGUAGACUACUCAGAGUCGGCAAAUGAUUCCCCCUAUGAUCUGGAGAAGUACCUGGAGAAACUCCAGAAGGAGGCAGAAAUUCAGCAGAGAAGCUAUCCUGUAAUUGAAGUGCAGAUGCCCCUGGAUGCACAGAUCCACCUGAAGCUCCAGAACAUCCUGAUGCUCCUGAAGAGGUGCUGUAACCAUCCAUAUCUCAUCGAGUACCCACUGGACCCUGUCACACAGGACUACAAGAUUGAUGAACAGCUAGUUGAGACCUCAGGGAAGUUCCUUAUUUUGGACCGGAUGCUGCCAGAGUUGAAGAAGAGAGGACACAAGGUUCUUAUUUUCAGCCAGAUGACUUCAAUCUUGGACAUUCUCAUGGACUACUGUUACUUGCGAGACUUUAAGUACAGCCGCCUUGAUGGCAGCAUGUCUUUUGCUGACAGACGUGAAAACAUGAACAAAUUCUCUUCGGAUCCAGAUGUUUUCCUCUUUCUGCUGAGCACAAGAGCAGGUGGCUUGGGCAUUAACCUCACAGCUGCUGACACGGUCAUUAUCUUCGACAGUGACUGGAAUCCUCAAGCAGAUCUUCAGGCCCAGGAUCGAUGCCACAGGAUUGGGCAGACAAAGCCUGUAGUUGUGUACCGCCUUAUUACUGCCAACACUAUCGACCAGAAAAUCUUUGAGAGGGCAACUGCCAAGAGAACAUUGGAGAAGAUGGUUAUUCACAAAAAUAAGUUCAAGGGUGGCCAAGCUGAGCUUAAACAGUCAAAAAGCUGUCUGGAUCUUUCCGAGCUGAUGGAACUCAUGAAGUCCAGAGAUUACCAGAGAGAAGUAAAAGGUACCAGUGAAAAGGUGAUCAGUGACAAAGAUCUGGAACUUCUGCUGGACCGCAGUGAUCUGCAACAUCAAACCAGAAAGCGCAAGAAGCGGGAAAAGGAUGGCGUCUUCAGAAUACUUCAGGAAAAAGAAUCCUCAGAAAUCAGCCUGGUUUGAGGGGCUGCAAUGCAAGCACUUUAUGCCUUUGUGCAUUUUUGGCAGUGUCCUGUAGGACAAACACUGUAUUACAAGACCUAUCCAAGAAAUAAACAAACUCAGUCAUCAGUAGGAAUGUGUUACACCAUUCACUAUUUCCCCAAUGUGAACUACAUUUUUUUGCAUAAGUUCUGGAGAUGGGGUGCAUUACUCCUGCAGAUGUUUUGUUCUCUUUGAGUUUGAAAAACAGAAAGUAGAUUUUGACAGAUGCAGUCUCUUUUAAGCGGUGUAAUGCUGUAGACAUGCCUUUUCCCUUUUGAGGGAAAGUAAACCACUUUCUCUACCUUCGUACAUAAGUUUAAAUCUUUCUGUAGUCCUUGUGUAAAACAUGUUUUGUUCUUGUAAGUCUGUCACAGAAGCUUUUUUUUCCCUGUGAAGACAGGUUGUCAAAUGGACAUUUAUAGUUUUUAAAAAGUAAUAAAGACUGCAACACAAACUUUUCCAUCACAGUGUGCCAUUAAUGGAUUUUGGAUGAAUGGAUCUACGUCUUAUGUUAAAGAACUAAAGCAAUAACAUAAUUUGGAAAACGCAUGUCUGAGCCUGUUGCAAGCCAGAGAUGGUCACAACAGUUAAACCACCACUAGGGACAUAAGGGUUUCAUGUUAUAAUUAUAUUUAAAACAAAAACUUUUUGUCUUUCCCUGCUGAGUUUUUCUUGCCUUGACAGUGAAAAGCAAAUGUGACCCACCAGCUGGUUACCUAGCAGAUUGUGGUCUUUUAUUUACUGACAUUUAAGUGUGUUAGAUGUAAUUAAUAGGAAAGAUGUGUCUAUAUGUAUUUGUUGAGUUAAAACUAUUUAACGGUGCUAGGGUUCAGAAUAUU